AUGCAGCAGUCCUGGGUCUUUGCAGUGGUUAGCUGCUUCUUGUGCUUUUCCAGCGAUGCCUUCCAAAGGAUUCCACUCAAGAAAAUGCCCUCAAUCCGAGAGACCAUGCAGAAGAUGGGAAUGAAAGUGUCUAAUGUUAUCCCUUCCUUGGAGAACAAUAUAUACUAUCUUGGCAAAGGACAUCAUAAUGGAACAGCACCUACCAUUCUCACAAACUAUCUGGAUAUGCAGUAUUAUGGUGAAAUCAGUAUUGGUACGCCAGCCCAGAUCUUCAAAGUAGUUUUUGACACAGGGUCAGCCAACCUGUGGGUGCCAUCCCAACAGUGCUCCCCACUCUUCAGUGCCUGUGUUUCACACAGCCGCUAUGUCUCCUCCAAAUCAAGUACAUACAGGCCAAAUGGAACUGAAAUUGUGAUCCAGUAUGCACAAGGACACAUUAAGGGUUUCCUUAGCCAGGACAUUGUCACAGUCGCUGGCAUUCCUGUUGUCCAGGUGUUUGCAGAAGCCAUAGCACUAACAAACCAACCUUUCAUCUAUGCAAGAUUUGAUGGAGUGCUCGGCAUGGGGUAUCCCAGCCAAGCCAUCGAUGGGGUUACACCCGUGUUUGAUAGGAUAAUGUCUCAAAAGAUCCUGACGGCAGAAGUCUUCUCUGUCUACUACAGCAGAAAUUCUGAGUUGAACACUGGGGGAGAACUCAUCCUUGGAGGCAGUGACCCAUCUUACUACACUGGGGACUUCCACUAUCUCAGCAUUAGCCGGGAAGGCUAUUGGCACAUUGAUCUUAAAGGGGUUUCUGUAGGGAGUGAAUUGCUGUUCUGUCAUGAAGGUUGCACGGCGGCUGUAGAUACUGGGUCUUCCUUUAUUACUGGCCCAGCUAGUUCAGUGUCUGUUCUGAUGAAAGCCAUAGGAGCUACUUUGAUUGAAGAAACAGAUUAUGUCGUUGAAUGUAAGAAAAUCCAUUUGCUGCCUGAUAUUUCCUUCCAUUUUGGAGAGAGAGCCUACACGCUCAGCGGCUCUGCCUAUGUCCUCCAGCAUUCUAACUACGGCAAAGAGUUCUGUGUUGUGGCAUUCUCUGGUUUUGACAUUCCUCCUCCACUGGGCCCUCUUUGGCUUCUGGGCGCUAGUUUCAUCGGACAGUACUACACUGAAUUUGACCGGCAGAGCAACCGGAUUGGAUUUGCCACAUCCCUCUGA